AUGGCAUACGCCAAUCAGGCUGGCUGUUAUGCAGCGUCCGUUAUUCUGUUAAUUGCUUCCACGAUAGCUGUUGGGCUGCGAAUGACGAUUCGAAAGAUCAAGGAGGCUAAACUUGGUUUCGAUGAUCUUUUUAUUUCGGUUGCUUUGCUCCUUUCGUAUGCCCAAGCUAUCAUCAUCAUUUGGGGAACUGCAAGAGGUACUGUCGGAACAACUACUUUGCAGAAUCCUGAGACAGGUGCUAUUAUUGUGACGCACCAUGAGGUCGAAAUUUCACAUAUUGCUUUCCUCUCUCAAGUCAUUUCGAUUGUCACCUACGGUCUCUUGAAAUUGAGUGUUUUGAUACUGUUCCGCCGUAUCUUUAUUGGCAAGAUAUUCAACAUUGUAUCCAUCAUAGCCAUGACCAUCGUAGUGGGCUGGUCAGUAUCAUUCUUUUUCGCAACCAUAUUCCAAUGCGGGACCAAACCGAGCUGGCUCUGGUCGAGUCCUAAAGCUGUAGCAACUUAUUGUGCAGACUACAAGUACAUUCAGCUUGGACAUGCGACUUCGGAUGUUGCUACUGAUUUGCUCGUGCUUUUCAUUCCACUGCCGAUUAUUUGGAAAUUGCAGAUGACCAUGUCGCAAAAGCUUAGCUUAAUGUGUGUCUUCGUGUUGGGUUAUAUUUCCACUGCUGCAGCCACAGCUCGAAUUGUCUUCAUUUAUGAUGAUCUUUACAAAACAACCACAGGAGCCCGAAAUCUUAGAGGUGAAGAGACCAACGUCAUGCUCUGGGGUUAUGUCGAAGCUGGUGUAGGCAUCAUCGCGGCCUGCCUCCCAACACUCCGACCACUUCUCAAUUCUCGGAUGCCCGAAUCUAUUGUAAAUAGCGUGCGCUCCAAACUCUCCCUCGCGUCUGUUCGCAGCCGCGACAACAGUAAAGGCUCAAGAGGCUUACAUUCCAGCGAAAGCCACGAGUUGCAAAUCUUUGGCGACUCAAGCGCAAAUCGAAGCACACAUAUUGGUCACGAUACGGAGACACAUCAUGAUUCGAACAUUCCAGAUGAUCGGAUCCUGAGAUCUGAGGAGAUCUCGGUAGCCGUUUGCAUAGCAGGCAUGUGUACAGUAGGCAUCUACAGUAGCGAUGGUAUGUACUGGGGUGAAAUGCAGCAAAGAACUAUUCAGACACAAAAACUCCUCGAGGAAUAUAGUAACAUACCACGAGAAGAACAAUCAAAACACGUGCAUGAAAUUAGAGAUCAGGCUUGGGCAAUCCGCUCCUAUCCAUGCACGGGCCUUGGGGUCUUCCUAGUACCUUACAUCUCCCGAUCCCCUGCUUAUCCAGUUAUCCUUCAAAAGCUUGGAGAAGGGGAAAAGUUGCUUGAUAUUGGUUGUUUCUUAGGCGGAGAUUUCCGCCGCCUAGUAUUCGAUGGUGCACCCUCUACGAACCUAUAUGGCAUCGACAUAGUAAGCCACUGGGAUGUGGGCUUUUCCCUCUUCAAUGAUCGCUCUCACUUUGGAGCGCACUUCAUUGCUGCCUCGAUCACCACCCCUCCAGAAUCUCAGCCUAGCCCCCUCCUUCAACUUUUAGGAUCCUUCUCCAUCCUCUCUAUUUCAGCAGUUUUGCAUCAGUGGAACUACGUGGACCAAUUAGCAUGUGCCAUUAAAUUAGUGGCAUACACAAAUGGACCGGCUGCUCUGAUCGUCGGACAUCAAAUUGGUAACGUAGAAAACAAAGAAGUUCUAAAUAAAGCGUUGCAAAUACCGCAGUGGAGACACAAUGUGCAAAGUUGGGUGGAAAUGUGGGAUGAAGUAGGGAAAGAAACGGGGACUGAGUGGAGAAGUGAGGCGUGGUUGAGAACGUGGGAAGAUAUGGGGUGGGAUGCGAAAGAUUCCGCAUGGAUGGAACCGGGCGAUAUGGUGUUGGAUUUUGUGGUUACUAGGAUCAAAUAA